AUGAAUAAAAUUACGCUGGCUAACCGAUAUCACGAGCACAUGUACCAUUACCUGAACAACCAGCCAGUGAGGAAGGAAGAAUUCACCUACUUUGAUGGCAAGCAGGUGGAUGCCAACACUGUAGGUGCAGACGCAUCUGUCCCCAGCGGGACUAUGGGAGUGGACCAAAUGAAUAAUACGAACACACAAGAGGGUAAGGCCAACAAAAGAAGUGGAGACCCGAACGGAAGCAACGGCCAUAUUGCCAACACCUGUUUGGGUAGCAACAGAAGAAGCCUUAGUAAAAAUAAUGGCGUGAAGAAAGGCAACCCUAACAAUAAUGAUGACGCCGCGUACAACAAGGGCGCUUCAAGUAGCUGUGUUAAGAGCAAUUUUGAGGAACAUAAAAAAGGGAGCGCCUUGUCUGGGAAGAGGAAGAAGAAUGGUCAGGUUGGCAGUGCCAGUUGUGGUGGCUUGGCAGGUGAAGCGACGAACGGGAGGGGCGUGGAAAUCGUCAGCAAAGGAAGCGAUAAUAAUAAGUCCACCGUGAGGGGUGUAAGCAACGGGAAUGCUGACGCUGGAGCUGCGGCCGGUGCUGUGGCCGACGUGGUAACCGCGUCCGUGGUUUCCUAUCAUAACCGUAGGCCAGCGGAUGUGCGAAGCGGUAAAGCAGUCCGUAACUUUAGAGGCAGCGUGUAUGGCGAAGUGAACCUGGGCGAGGGUGCCACCUACCACCCAAUAUGCUACGACAGCACGGAUAGACAUAUGGGAAACGGAGAGAAUAAGGACGCACAGGUGUUGAACGAACGAGCCGUUGGGAAAAUGGGGAGCAACUUACUAGGAAAGGAUAAUGCCAACUUUGGAGAUCCCUUUACCAAUAAUUGUAGCGGAGCUCAGCGUGCCUUUAGUGACAAGAUGGGCCUGAGUAGUAUAAGCCGGCUUGUGAGCCACGCGAACGGUAGCUUCGAAAAGGAGGAAGAAGCUCUCAUACAGUUUGGUAAGUGUGCCAAUAGGGAGACGAAUAGAAAUGGCCAAGCGGAGGAGAUGGACGACGGCGAAGAGGACCACGAAGGGGACAACGAAGUUGUAAAAAAAGGAGAUCUUCGCCAUAUGCCAAGUUGCAGUUUUUCCUCAUAUUACAGGAGUGAUACUGUCGAGGGGGGGACCACGUCCAGCGACGUGAAGGAAGUGUCUCCCAUCGUCACCGCUGUGUAUGACUGUGGGAAUCCCUGUGCAGGAGAAAAGCGCAGCAAGAAGCAAUGGAAGAGGGGUAUUGGGAAGAGGGACCCGCCGCAUACCGAUAAUAAGGGGAAAACCUCAGUCGAUUGCGGCGGUAGGAGCGGCGAAGAGCAUGCGGGGAGUAACCACGGGGAGGUGGCGAUAUGCAACAUGGGAGGCAGCGUGAACCAAAGCAGCAACAUCGGCUUGGGCAAGCAAACCAACGAGAGUAGUAAUAGCGUCCUCCGAAACGGCAGCGUCGGCAGCAAAAACGAUAGAGGCAACGGGGGCAACAGGAACAAGCAGCAGAACAGGAAAAACAGCAAAGGUAAGAACAGCGCCAGUAAGGCCGCGAACGGUAAGGGAGAGGCGAGAGCCACAGGCGCGCACGCUGAGGUUGGCGGGGAGGGGAAUGCCGCUCACGAGGUGAACGAGGUAAACGACACUGACGAGGCGAACGAGGAAAACGACGCUAACGAGGCAAGCGACGCCAACAAUGCGAAGGCAAACCAAGACAGCUGCCCCGCGCAACCCCCCAACGGGGCAGAUGACCUAAUAAACUUGGCCACGCUGCAAAACUGUGCCAACAGUAGGGGCAGCCCUGUGGACAGUGCCAACGCGAGCACGAUGAAGAGUGCGGGAGCAGAUGUAGACUUGCUUUUUUUUCGCGAAAAUGAAGACCCCUUAGAGGAACAUUAUAUGCUGUUGGAGGAAGGUGAUUAUGCAGUUCACCAGGUGAGGGAAAGGGCCGGGGAAAAGGAAACCGCCGGGGAAAAGGAAACCGCCGGGGAAAAGGAAACCGGCGGGGAAAAGGAAACCGGCGGGGAAAAGGAAACCGCCUGGGAAAGGGACAUCGCCGGGGAAAAGGAAACCGCCUGGGAAAGGGACAUCGCCGGGGAAAAGGACACCGCCUGGGAAAGGGACAUCGCCGGGGAAAAGGACACCGCCUGGGAAAGGGACAUCGCCGGGGAAAAGGACACCGCCUGGGAAAGGGACAUCGCCGGGGAAAAGGACACCGCCUGGGAAAGGGACAUCGCCGGGGAAAAGGACACCGCCUGGGAAAGGGACAUCGCCGGGGAAAAGGACACCGCCUGGGAAAGGGACAUCGCCGGGGAAAAGGAAACCGCCUGGGAAAAGGACACCACCGGGGAAAAGGACAUGGCCGGGUUGAAUCACACUUUCAACAUCUUAAGGAAUAACCUGUAUCAUAUUUUUAGCGAUUCGUGCGAUGAGCAGUGCAGUGACGAGUGCCUCGUGGGCAGUUUGGACGACGCCGCGGGUAGAAGCAGGAACAGGGGUAGCGAAUGUGUUAGUUUCGUGGACGUGCACAGGGGCGACGUGCAUAGGGUCGGCAUGGAGAGCGCAGUGGGGCAAAGGGGAAUGGCGCAGAGCGGUUUGAUGGAACGAGGCCUAAUGGAACGCGUCUUAAUGGAACGAGGCUUGCUGCAGCGCGGCUUAACGGAGCGCAGAUUGAUGGAAGGCGGCUUAAUGGAACGAGGUCUAAUGGAGCGCGACUUGCUGCAGCGCAGCUUGAUCAACCAGUGGGGCGCCGCACAGCCCCCUUCGUACGAAGAGGACGCGGAGGAGGACAAGUUGGGAACCAAUGACCUUCUCAGUGGCAGCCGCGCAUUCAGGGGCCAGUACCCUUUAAGCGACGCACCGUUUAGCGGCUUACUGCAGGCUCCGUGCGUGAGCGGCCUGAUUGGCAGUGCCCCCUACGUGCCCAGCGCGAGGGGAAUCCCACCCCACAGCAGAUACGGGGUUAGCGGCGUUAGCGGAGUUGGCAACGUUCCCGCUGUUGGCAGUAUUGGCAGCGCCUGCGGCAGCGUGGUGGGCAAGCCAACUGGGCACGGCUUGAAUGGAGCGCACCAACCCCCCUUCGCGCCCAACAACCAGAAGAGAACCAAUUUGAGCGGAGCAGCCGGGAAGAAAUGUGGCAUGGAAACGCACCUGAACAGUCGCAGUGGAAACUCGGUUAACGGAAAAGAAAGUGUAGAUUUGCAUAAGUGCAAACAAACGGCAAAUGAAAAUAUGACUGUUGAGAGACCCGUAACUUUGAACAACUCCCAAAUGUUAGAGGCAUUCAUGCAGGGGAGACUUUGCCUAAGCUGCGACUCGCUUGACCACCCCAUGCCACUGUGCCCGAACAAUUCCUUUGUCUGCCCCAACUGCCAUAAUAUCUCUCAUAGAGGAAACGACUGUCCGAUGAAGUGCCGAUUUUGCCUCAAAUACCACGUGGGUGUAUCCAUCAUGGACUGUUUGAAGAAGGCAAGAAUACAGAGUGAAAAGAAUUUGCCAAACGAAGAAAAGAACGAAACAAACAAAAUGGGAAUGGGAAAGAAUGCGAAGAGCAGUCAAGAUAAAGUUAGUGUAGGGCCAAGAUUUGAUAUAAGUACGAGGCCGGACAAUUCCUAUGGAAGGAGUGUAUACGUAUCAAAUUUGACCCAAGAUAUCACGAACGUCCAACUGAGAGAUGCUAUUAACAACCACUUAGAAAAUGGGUGUGUAGUAAAUAUAGACAGACAAGAUGGGUAUGCAUUUGUUGAGCUGUCUAAUUUGAAUUCUACGUUUCAGUUGGUGCAGAAAUCUAUUAACUUAAAUUUUAGGAAGUUAAAAAUUCAGUUUAAAAAAACGGGGCAGUUUUUAAUACCAGACAAUUUGUCUCUAAGCGUGAACAAUGCCGUUCCUUUUGGUUUGCACCGAGGGGGGGUAGGGGGAGCAGCACCUACCCUUGUGCAGAACAAGCUGGGCAAGAGCGCCACGACGGCUGUGUCUAGGAAGAACCCUUCGAGUGGUGUCAAUAGCAACGCGUUAAGCAGUGGAAGUGGCACCGCCAGUGGGAACGCUGCCGAGGUUUGUGGAAAGUUGAGGCUGGGCGGAAGUAAGGGGGGAGGCAAUAACAGUGCAAGCGGAGUAGCCCUGCCGGGCGGGGCCGACGGCAGGGGCAAGUACGCGUGCAAGUCGACCAGCGCGAAGCACCCCAGGGCGCAGCAGCAGAGGAGGCAGAACACGCAGCAGGGGCAGCAAAUGCAACAGACGCAGCAAACGCAACUGCAACCCGUGCUGCCAACGCUGCCAACGCUACCAACGCAGGCGGCGCAGGCGGCGCACUCGGGCCAGGCCGCUCCACAACGGAAAGGCAGGCAGAGGGAGAACCUCAAGCAGGGAAGAGCCGCGCCCCCGCACGGCGCCCCCGCCGUGGACAAGAACCCGAGCGCAAAAGCGAUUCUGAGCCAAAAGAAAAACAAACUGGUAGGCGAGAAGAACACGGAGAAGGGAAGAAGGGGGAGGCCAGCCGAUGGAACAGUCCCCACAAUGAGCAGCGCAGAUGGGAGUUACGGCGCAGAUGGGAGUUACGGCGCAGUUGGAAGUUACGGUGCAGUUGGAAGUUACGGUGCAGCCGAAGGGGGAACCUCAUUUCAGGGGGGCAAAAAUACGCACAGUGUGGAAAUUCCCAGCGUACAAAUUGUUAAUUUGCCCAGCGACUACCUCUUAGCAGAGCACCUCGACGGUGCCAAAAUUGGAGGAGUAUCAGAAGAAGAAGAAGAAGAAGAAGAAGCAGCAGCAGAAGAAGGGAUGAGUCGGAACGGCUACGAUUUUAUGUGCACCAAUGGCCUUGCGUUGAAGAGUGGCCACGUGAAGAAGGCCACGGAUGUGAAUAGUAUGCCGCUCCUUCCUGCCCUGUAUAGCGGUGGUGGUAGUAGCAACGAUGCAAAUGACCCAUUCACGAGUGAGGCGGCUAACGUUGGCUUGCUGUACGAAGGUAGCAAGUUACCCCUGAAGAUGCCAAACGGCGUAAAUGAAAAGAACGAGCUACAUAAAAGCAUGACGACGGAGACGAGCAAAACAACAGCCACCACCACAACUGCGUCGGACAACAUGUUGAGCACGCAGCUCUUCAACACCCAGCUCUUCAACGCGCAGCUCUUCAACGCGCAGCUUUUCAACACGCAGGUCUUCAAUGGUGUCCCCCCCAUGAGGAGAAGUCUUCACAAAGUUGAUGACAUUAUGAAGGAGACCCAUCUGUCUGCGGCCAUGGAAGUCAGCGGGGCUGCCGCCAUGAACGGGAAAUUGACCAGCUGUUGGAGUGCUUCCCUGGGGGAGGGGCUGUUCGCGGGCCACGGGGAGGUUAGCGGCGAGUACGGCGGCGAGUGUGGCGGUGCGUACCUCGGCCCGCACAACGACCGCUUCACCGCUGACGCCUAUAAUGACCGCCGUUACCGCGCCAGCAGCGGCAACCAGCACGGCAACGCGGCGGAGGGCCGACCCAACGUAGACCUAAAGUCAAUCGUGGACAACGCCAUCGAAGUGAAUCACGACACGUUGAAUUAUGAGCAGCUCAGUUUUGCCGACGCAGCGGAGGAGGGUCUCCUCCACGAUGCCGCUCCUGCGAACGCUCCUGGUGCGUACACCCUUGGCGAGUGCGACGUUGCUGGGGUGCGCGACGCUGCUGGCCUGUACCACUCCUACGAAAAUUACACGGGGCAAAAUAAGACGCACAGCAAUAAGAAAAGCGUAGUUGGGCCCUACAUCAGUUUUGAGGCGAGCGUCAACGGAGGCAACAUAUGGAAGGACAGAAACGGUGGCAGAGUUGGCAGCGGUGGCAUCGGUGGCAUCGGUGGCAGUAGGCACCCCCCCGAUUUGAAGCACUCGUACGAUAACAUUUGCGACGAUAUGUUUUUUGGGAACCGCGACAUUUAUGAUGUAUUUUCUGGGUUCAGCGCGAUACAGUUGGAUGAUCGCAGCGGGGGUAGCAGAGGUAGCGGAGGUUGCGGUGGGGCUGGCCACCCCUUUGCCGUCGGAAGCAACCAGCACAAGGGCAGCUUCGAUCGCAAUAGCUAUAGCAAUCCCAACUGCGGCCAGAACGCCCUGCACCAGGUGCCACCAGUACCAAAUGAGCCCACGGAUGAGGAGAGCAAAAUGGAGUCAGAAGCGGGCAGCAAAAUGAAGUUACAAGCGGGCAACAAAAUGAAGUUACCAGCGGACAGCAAAAUGAAGUUACAAGCGGGCGGCAACAUCAAUUUCGUAAACCUCAGCUCUGAGAUUUUCCAACAGCCGAGAGACCUUCCCGCCAAGGAGGAGGGAGACCUUAUGGAGGACUCCUACGUGAGCAGCAUGAAGUACAAAGAGUUGGAUGCCAUUGAGAAAGAUUUGGAGAAGCACAUCAAGGCGUUGUGGAACCUCCGCAAGAUCAAGUUGGUGCGGUCGCACGAUGUUCCCCAAGGCAUUCCGCAGGACGUUCCGCAGGACGAAUUUGUGUAGGCACCGCGCGGAAAGCACGCUUGUACUUGUGUGUACACAUGUGUAUGUAAGAGCACCCAUCCACUGGCGGAUCCCCCACCUGUGAAGUG